AUGUCAGAAAAUAAGGCCGACCUCACGCGCUUCUUGAGUGAAGAAGCUAUGAAGCAUGACUUUGGCGGCUUAGAAGUGCUUGUGGCUGGUGGUUUUGUAGAAGUUACACAUGUCCAGUCAACAAACGAAGCAAGAGACCUCACGCACUUCGUUGCAAACCACGAAGAGGCUGACACAAGGAUGGUGCUCCACGCCGUCCACAGCGACUGUGAGUCUGUUGUUGUUUCUGUAAGGGACACCGAUGUAUUACUAUUAUUUAUCUACCACUUUGAACAAAUGAUUUGCAAGAAAUGUUGGAUAAUGUGCGGGACUUACCGUGAGAGAAAGUACAUUCCUAUUCACGAAGUUUGUCAAAAGCUUAAACCCAACCAGAUGAAACAUUUACUGGCUUUCCAUGCAGUUACUGGGUGUGAUACCACAUCAAAGUUGGCAUCAGUAACUAAAACUGGCGCAUGGAAACAUUACACAGAAGAAAAUUCAGCACUCCUUAGUGGACUUGGAGCUACCUCUGACCUGGCCAGCGAUGUACUCGACAAUAUCGAGCAAUUCGUGGUGCAAGCUUUGUACAAGGUUGGGCCAGACAUUACAAUGUCAAAUGCAGCGCGCGUUUCUCUUUUUGGAGCUGUAAAGGUGCUGGAAUUCUUGCCGCCUACCAGUGACGCACUGCGCUUGCAUAUCCUUCGGUGCCACUAUCAGGUUUUUGUGUGGAAAAACUCCCACGUGGCCUUCCCCGAACUACCUGACCCUAAAAAUUGUGGGUGGAAGGUGGAAGGCGGGCGAUAUGUGCCUAUUCUCAUGACUCUGCCAUCUAUCCCAAAGUCAUGCCCGGAGUUUAGUGUUUGUGGCUGCAAAGGACUGUGUAACACAAAGCAGUGUGGGUGUAGGAAGGAGCCCUGGGUCCCUUGCACAAAACUGUGUAAGUGCAGAGCAAAGUGCUUGAAUGGGGCAGGUGACGAUGACGAUGAAUGACGAGUAUUAAUGUCAAUUGAAUUCAGAAAAUAAAAGUCCUUUAACACUUGUUUAAAAUAAUUUUGAGCAUUUAAACAUGCUCUAAAUCCCCUCAGACACAGCACAUAAUUUUCUACACAUUUCGAUAAAAAAAUGAUUUUUUUGGUUAAUA